GUCAGAACGGACGUGUUUUCUUCGGAACUCUGCACUGAGAGGUUGAUCGAAAACGUUCAGAUUAACUUGGUGGAUAUUACUGGUUUGGAGAGGAUAUUCCCGGGCACGAAGUCGGGCAGUGAUGAGCAUUUAAUUGGAUGAUGGGUGGCGCAAGGAUCGCGAACGUAGUGCUGGCAGUUGUACGAAAGACUUCAAUGUUUGCGGAAUUGUGAAGGUUCACGAGAUGACGUGAGUGUGUGAAAAAGUUUGAAUCGUUUGAGUCAUAGAGCAUUGAGUGAGGAUUGAUUUGUACGGCGAGCGAGCAAACAGUUUUGGUCGAGCCAAGAGUGCAAAAAGAAACAACAACAUAGUGACGAUUUCGGUUUGGUGGAAUUGAAUUAGGAAAUUUAAUUGAACUGUGGUGAACUGAGUGAAGUUUGUGCGAACUAUACGGCAGUCAAUUGAGAAGAGGAAAUAUUUUUUGAUUAAGUUGGCGACUAGAAGCUGCUAAAAUGGUGAUUGUCCAAUCGAACAUCAUCACAUCCAACAGCUCCAGCCGGAUCGGGCUCGAGUGGGACAUCAACGACCCGAACGUGCCGCACAUCGCCGACUGCGACCUGGACGACUUCAACGAGUGGUCCGACGGCCACUGCCGGUACGUGUAUCGGCCGCUCGAUGAUCAGGCCAAACGGCACUCUUCCGGCUGGGCCAUGCGAAACACCAACAACCACAACGUGGCGAUCCUGAAGAAGAGCUGCCUCGGAGUGCUGGUCUGUUCGGUGCGGUGUGUUCUGCCAAAUGGGGAGAAGAUCACCCUGCGUCCGGCCAUCUGCGACAAGGCCCGGCGGAAGCAGCAGGGCAAGACUUGCCCGAACCGGUUGUGCGUUGGGGGUGUGCUGGAGAUUCAACCCUGUCGAGGUCACUGCGGCUAUCCGGUGACGCACUUUUGGCGCCACACGCCGUCGGCGAUCUUCUUCCAGGCCAAGGGCGUGCACGAUCAUCCGCGUCCGGAGUCCAAGUCUUCCGGCGAGACGCGGAAGAUCCUGGGAAUUGGCCGGCGGGAGCGGGUGCUGAAGGCGAUCCAGACCAAGGUUACCAAGAUUACCGGUGUAAAGCAGACCAAAAAAGUGACCAAACAGCUACUGGAGACUGGGAAGACGCUGCCGACGGGACAGCUGAAUCGAUUUGGCUUGGAGAGCAGCUACAACAUGACCUUCGCCAACAGUUACAAGAAUCAGCAGUGCAACUACGCGACUUCACCAACCAGUGCGACAGCCCAAGCUCAUCAGUCAGCGACUACCCAAGACUACAGCCAAUCUACGGCGUACUACUACGACAACUCCAGCUUCAUCCACCCGGAGGAGAUCUUCCAGCUGGAUCAACCGAUUAGGCCAAUCAACAAGUACCCGGCAAGCAGCAACGGCGGCAGUGCAACAAGCCUGCACAUGCUGGGCAGCUCCCCUCCCACCGUCCUGGACAUGGAAAGCGGAAACAUCUACAAGAACAACGCGCUGACAAGCCCGACGGCCUCAACGGCAGACUACGGUCGCUACUUUGACUGCAUCAAGUACGAAACGAGCAGUACGGACACGGACACCGCCAGCCUGACCAGCGGAUCCAGCGUCUUUGACGACUUCUCGUACUACUCGAGCCCCCAAAUUGACUACCAUCACGGAGUUAACCACAACAACAACAACAACGUCGCUACCCUGCCCGACAUGAACAAGAUGAACCUGCGUCUGUGUGACGACAUCAAUUCGUUCUUUAUUGGCCAAUCGAGUUGCGUGACGCCGACCAAGCUCGUCGAGGGGGUCGUCGACGCAAAUCAACCCUCGCUCGAGAGCUACUGCUACGAAGCGUACAGCAACUCUGCGUCCUCACCAAGCCAGACGGCGUCGUCGAUGCUGCCAGCGUACGGAACUUACGGCGAGCAAAGUUCCACCGGCGGGGAUGCCCUCGUCCCGAGUGGAGAACCGUCAACGAUGGGUGUCGACAGCAACUGGUGGAGCAGUGGUAAUUACGCCACGUCGACGGCGGCCUGGAAUCAGAUCGAUACCGUCAAUGGAGGCAGUCACCAUCACCACAACCAUCAGCAGCAACAGCAGCAGUACUAUCUGAUGGAACAGGCGGAAUAUCUGAGUUAAAUGAACGGCGUGAACGACGGUGGGAUCGGAGGGUGAUUAAGACUUGACAAAUUGUUGUUGAAUUAAGGGAAGGAGCGAACCAAGUCAGGAGGAACCAAGAAUUGCGAUGUUAUUUCGUUCAUAAUGCGCGCGCUCAUUUACCAUGGCUAAUCAAACCAUUAAGCCCCUCGAAAAGAGGGGGGACUCAUUAAGUUUCAACGUGAAUUAAUCAAACAGCACUGCUCGGUGUGUAGCAAAGACUUACCAGAAAAAUAUGUUUUAUUUUUACAACUAUAUUAGGACGCCACUUGGGUUUCUCAGUUUUACAUUACACCAGGCAGUACAGGCUGAACGGUGGUUCAGCGUUUCACAAGACUACUCUGUAAGUGAACUCGUUUUCUCCAAAUGUAAUUAGAGGUUGCGAAACAUGUGUUUUGUUGAACAAUUCUAGUCAUAUGUAUUUUAAUAGUGAAUAAAGAUGUCAUUAACUACGA